AUGUUUUUAAAGCACUGGAUAGAUAUUCAUGGAGCUCCUAAGAGAAUGAUGAGCGAUAAUGGGGGUGAAUUUGACAACUUGUUGGUUAAGGACAUGGGAGAAAAUUUUAAUAUUGAGAUUGUAACUACUGCUUCUUAUAGCCCUUAUUCUAAUGGUAUCUGUGAGAAACAUAAUGGUGUAUUAACUGAGAUACUAAUGAAACUUAAAAAAAAUCAUAAUUAUGACUUGGAAACCUCAUUGUUAUGGGUCAUAAAUGCUAAAAAAUGUCUCCAUAAUGUGUAUGGGUUUAGCCCAUUCCAAAUUGCCAUGGGAAGAAAUCCUGAUUUACCAUCAGUGUUAAAUGACAAGUUGCAAGCCCUUGAGGGUCAGAGUGUAUGUGUACAGGUUGCCAAACAUAUUAAUGUCAUGUAUAAUGCUAGAAAAGAAUUUCUUAAUACUGAAAGCUCGGAAAAGUAUAGGAGAGCUUUAAGGAAACAAACUCGUAGUUUUGAAGAUAAAUAUGAACAAGGUGAUAAAGUAUAUUAUAAACGACCCAAUGGUAUGGAGUGGAAGGGUCCAGUUACUGUUAUUGGUAAAGAUAGUUCUAUUGUGUUUAUAAGACAUGGAGGUUCAGUGAUCAAAGUACAUAAAUGUAGAAUACAGAAGGGAAAUCAAAAUAAAGUAGUUGAUGAAACUAAUAAUAAUUUUGAUUCUAAUGUACAGCUGAAGAGUAAAGAAAAUGAACCGCCAAAUAUUGUACAUGAUAAUAGUUCAGACUCAAUUGGGCAUUAA